AUUGGCCACGUCCACCUCUUCUCUCAAGGUCGUCAGCGUCCUACCAGCUCCUCCCGAUGGCCUCCUACGACGGUCCCAAAGCCACGGCCGAUGCACUUGAAAACGCUCGGCAAGAGUCUGAGCGCGUUGAUCUUAACGACGAUGCGGAGUUCGGUGGGACAGAGGAGCGCAAGAAGUUGGAGAAGAAGCUCUUGCGCAAACUCGACUUGCGCAUGUCUAUCCUGAUUGUGAUCUACAUACUCAACUACAUCGACCGCAACAACGCCUCUGCGGCGAGGUUACGAGGCUUUGAGUCCGACCUGCAUCUGAAAGGGCAAGAAUUCAACACGAUUUUAUCUAUCCUCUACGUUGGGUAUAUUCUCAUGCAAAUCCCUUCGAACAUGUUUUUGAACUACAUCGGCCGACCCUCGAUUUACUUACCGGCGUGUAUGAUUGUUUGGGGCACCAUUUCAAUCCUUACCGGUGUCACACACGACUUUGUAGGAGCGUUGUUGACCCGUUUCUUCCUCGGCUUCGUGGAAGCGGCAUUCUUCCCUGGAUCUUUAUUCCUGCUUUCUAAGUGGUACAAGCGCAGCGAGCUUGGCCAACGCACUGCACUCCUUUCUUGCGGCAGCUUGAUCUCGAAUGCAUUUGGUUCGCUCAUCGCUUCCGGUAUAUUGGAUGGAAUGGAAGGAAAGCUCGGGCACUCAGCAUGGCGAUGGCUCUUCUACAUCGAAGGCGCUCUGACUGUCUUCGCUGCUAUCGUCGCGAUGUUUGUCCUUCCGGACUUUCCUGCCACCUCGAGGUUCUUGAGCCCGCAAGAACGUACCUUGGCAGAGAAACGCAUGGCAGAAGAUGUCGGAGUGGGCGAUGAAGAUGAGACUGAACAAGAGGGCCAUGCCCAUGGUCUCGUCCUGGCGCUCACCGACUGGAAAGUCUGGCUUUUGGCUCUCGCCCUUACCAGCAUGGUUGUAGGCUUGAGCUUCAACGCCUUCUUCCCUACGCUGAGCGCGACCAUGGGCUUCAACCGUACGGAAACCUUGCUUCUUUGCGCACCUCCUUGGAUUUUUGCCACCAUCGUUGCAUUUGCUGUCACGAGGCACUCUGACCAUUCGGGCGAGCGUUUCUAUCACAUCACUGGUCCGCUCGUCAUUGGCGUCAUUGGCUUUAUAAUCGCCGUGUCUACGAUGAAUACAGCUGCGCGAUAUGUAUCCUUGUUCUUGAUGGCUCAGUCUUAUGCUGGUUUCAUCACCUUCUUGGCUUGGGUCAGCAACUCGGUUCCCCGCCCCCCGUCUAAGCGAGCUGUUGCUCUCGCAUUUAUUAAUGCAUUCUCUCAACUUGGAAACAUCGCUGGUUCUUAUGUUUGGCCGACGGGCUGGGGCCCCUCGUAUACGAAUUCGUAUGCGAUCACAAUUUCCUCGUUUGGAUUCUGCAUUAUACUCUGCUUCGUCUUCAGAAUGCACCUGCAGACUUUGAACAAGAAGCUGGAAGAGAGGGAGAACGAAACGGGAAAGGCCAAGGGCUUCCGCUACAUGCUUUGAGCUGUCGCCGUAUUACGUAGAAUUUGUCUCGCUCGUGUAACGUGUUUGUAAUGUGUUCAUGAUGCAACGUCGAGCAUGUCGACCACCACGGGUUGAAAACAACCCCCACCAAAUGGGUCGCCACGCUCAGCCCUUGGUCCCAUCGGCCAGUUGGCGGCGUUGACGAACACCGUCUGUUCGGGAUUAACGUGGCCGCCCGGGGUCCACUGUCUUAUCUGAGCCCCGUGAGUUUCGUGUAUAUGACCAAAUACAUGAAGCCGAGGUCGGAGGCUGCCUUGAUUGAGGCGCUCUGCAAGCGCUUCGCACCCAACAUGUUGUCGGGUGAUCGUUUUGUCCAUUACCUCAAAAGGUGGACCAUGGGUGAGUCUCGUAAGGUGUGAGUCAGCCGCGUACCUUUCGGCGACUAUAACACUCACAAGAUAUCCGUGUUCGGAAUUUGGCCAACUAUCCUCUCGGCUUCCGAUCCACGUUCAUAGUUGAAAGCCCACCAUCCAAACUCUGGUUGCCACGGAGAGCCCCAUACAGUCCAGGUCCGACCGUCAUUGCGAACCUUGAACUCGUGUCUGGAAUCUUCGAGGUAUACAAUGCCAGCUUCUAGAGCCUUAGGACCUGUCAAUUUCUCUAUGAUUUGGCUGUAGUCUUGCUUUUGACGAUGCCAACGGCCGAAGUUCUCGUCAUACCACCCGCGGUGCAGGGUAAGGUCAUGGUUUCCGCAGAUAAUGAUCUUAUGUUUGUGGGGAAGGCUGUAAAGCCAUUCCAUCGUGCGUCUGAAGUCGUCUACGGUUCCCGAGUUCGUCAAGUCCCCGCUAUGCAGUAGUACGUCACCAUCGGGUACUGGAAAUGUCCGACAGUGCGUAUCGCUGAUGCACACGAAUCGCGUCCACGAUUCGGGGCAGACCGGCAGUGUACCUGGGUGAUCAUAUUGGAGAUGCACGACGGCAGUCAGGGAUUCAAGCGUAGGAGGAUCAAAAGGAAUUUCGUCGAGGUCCGAGUUGGCAGCGUCCGAGUCUGAGGGCGUAUGCCAGGACCGAGCACGAGGGGUUGAGGCAGAAGGCAUAUUCGCUAUGUUGGAAGUACGGGGUGAGCGUCUGCCAAAGACGAUGCGUCGGGCUCUCAGCAGAACGGUGGUGAGG